GCCUUUUUAUCUGCCUUUCAAAACUGAAACGCUGUGCUUCGCAAAUGCGUUAAUAUAUAUUACUUUACAAAGUAGGCAUCGUUUAAUACUUUUGUUUAGAUACUCUUAGACUGAGUCGGAGCUCAAGAACAAUUUCGGAAACACCUGGAUAGUCCAUUGCUUUGCCUUAAAUAACUUUUCUUAUUGCACUUCGGAAGAUUUCUAUUCUGCUAUUUCGGUCCAUUACAAAGACUGAAUAGGCCUACUAUUUGUAUAUUUUGUUUCUAAUAGAACAUUUUGAUUUAGUAACAUAAUUACAUUUUCUAUACCAAACGUUUAAUUUUUUUACCAAAUAGUACGACAAUGGCAGGUUUGAACUCUUUGGACGCUGUGAAGAGAAAGAUCCAGUGUUUGCAACAGCAAGCCGAUGAUGCAGAAGACCGAGCCCAGGUUUUACAGAGAGAACUGGAUGGAGAACGAGAACUUCGGGAGAAAGCGGAGGGUGAUGUGGCGGGUCUGAACCGCAGGAUCCAACUGGUGGAGGAAGAGUUGGACCGGGCCCAGGAGAGGCUUGCCACAGCGCUGCAAAAACUUGAGGAGGCCGAGAAGGCUGCCGAUGAGAGUGAGAGGGGCAUGAAGGUGAUCGAGAACCGGGCCUCCAAGGAUGAGGAGAAGAUGGAGAUCCAGGAGAUGCAGCUGAAGGAGGCCAAACACAUUGCGGAGGAGGCUGAUCGCAAAUACGAGGAGGUUGCCCGUAAACUAGUGAUCCUGGAGGGAGAGCUGGAGAGAGCUGAGGAGAGGGCCGAAGUCUCAGAACUUAAAUGCAGUGAUCUGGAGGAGGAGUUGAAAAAUGUGACCAACAACCUCAAAUCCCUAGAAGCCUCUUCUGAGAAGUACUCAGAAAAAGAGGACAAAUAUGAGGAGGAGAUCAAGGUUCUUAGCGACAAGCUGAAGGAGGCUGAGACCCGUGCAGAGUUUGCAGAGAGAACAGUGGCCAAACUGGAAAAGUCCAUCGAUGACCUGGAAGAGAAAUUAGCGGGUGCCAAAGAAGAAAACCUGGGGAUGCAUCAAGUUCUGGAUCAAACACUGCAAGAGCUAAACAGCUUAUAAAUAUGAAGAUGGAGAGGAUAAAUGUCUUGCAACAUUCCAUAAAUAUUCAAAUUAAUUUCACAUUUCGAGCUGUAAAGUCUUAUUCCCAGCGAAAGGGGACUAAAUUAAAUAUUGUACCCUUAAUAUUUUUUCUCUUAAGUCACUUUCUCUCUGUUUCUCAAGUUCAAAGAGAAAUACAUUCCGAACAGCCACCUUCCUCCACUCCUUUAUUUGUUGUUUACAAAAUUUGGAACUUUGCGAUUAUAGAAUUUAAGAUUACAGAAUAAUGACCAUGUUUACACACACUGACAUAUUCAGACCAAAAAGAAGGACAACUCAUAUUUGCACUCCAACAGUGUUUUCCGAAAAGGUUAUGUUACGUGUAGGGUCUCAAUGACACGUGAUUCAUGAGCUCCACCUAGGGGUCAUGUGUAAACCAUGGCCAGGAAUCAUCUUCACCAACUGAGAUGGUCAUAAUUAGUGCAUUCACAAUGUACUGUACCUGAACAUACUCACAGGGGUUGGAUGGAUUGUGCCUUUUCAGAAUGAGCCAAUAUUCUCUUUGGUGUGAAUGUGCGCGUUAACAUGGUCAUUGAGAGUCACAAGAGGAUGACUCAGUGGAAGGAUGGUGAAUAGGUCUGUGGUGCUACUGGUGGUGGAAAAAUACUGUGACUGACAGACAGUUUGGUGGAGGGUUUGCCAAUGCCAAAAAAAAACAUUGUUUUUGACAGUGUGAAAAGACCCUCCUAAAAUCUUUCAACAAACUACACCCCAGCCUCUGACAAAAACCUAUAUAGUCUUGUAGUGCCACCAUAUGCUGACAUGCAGCUUCAUAGCACCUCCUUUCUACUAUGCCCUGUCUAACGUACUUGACCACUAUCCAAGCUCUGCAUUAGACUGUAACCAAGGUGUACAAUUGUAUUCCUGAUAGGUGGUGGUAGCAUAUGGUAAAAGUUCAACCUAAAAAAGCACCACUGAAGCCUCAAUCAAGGUAGUAAAACAUGAAUACUUAUUGUAUAUAGUAGAAUAAUGUUGGGUAUUGAGAAGAUGUAUUGCUGUAAUUUCACACCACUUUCUGGCAGCGGAACUCUCGAAACCAAAGAAUACACAUACCAGAGAAGAUGAACCCUGAAAAGUUUUCCUGUUGUCUGUAAAGGUGAUGAAUCUUCGCUUCUCAUCCCUUGAAGAAAGCCUAACAUUUGACUCAAUCUGUGUUGGAAUGUUACAUUCACCUUUCUCGCUUUCAGUCUAAUAAAUUUUUUACAAAACAA